AUGGCUGGCGCGGACGAGACUCUCGCGGCUGCGACUGCCGUGUUGCAGUCUUUGGCGAGAGAUGAACCCACCGCCGGCUCCUCUUCACCCCCCUUCAAUUUUCAAUUUCCAUCUUCAAAUGGCGCAAAGACGUCUCAACUCCCCGGAGAGCCCACCGCUGUAAAGGCCGCCUUCGAAGCCGAGUUGGAGGCCUUGAUGCGUCGCGUGCAUCACCUGGAAUUCCAAGCUGUCAGUCAUCAAAAACUCCCCGACGACCCCCAGCAGGCUACCCUGUCUGCCCUCGGAUCCAAUGAGAGGAAUCCUGAUUUUCUGUGGACCUUUGGGCUCGAUCGCUUGUCGUCCGGUCAAGACAACGAACCCCCCUCGGGCCCUGAGGAACCACCGGCCGGUGACCUCGACGACGACGAAACUGACGAAGAGGAUGAGGCCGGGGCACGGACCCGUGUCGUUCGAGAGGAGGAUAUCAGCAUUCUACGCAACCAUGUUCAAAAACAGGCCGAGGAAAUUAGCUUCCAAAAAGAUAUCAUCGCCCAAGUCCGCGACGAAUUGCAGAAGCAGGAAGAGCACACCCGCCGUGCUCUGACCAAGGUUGAGAAUGAGGACGUCGUCCUUUUGGAACGCGAGUUACGGAAACAUCAACAGGCCAAUGAGGCUUUCCAGAAAGCCUUACGAGAAAUUGGCGGCAUCAUCACACAAGUCGCAAACGGUGACCUCUCAAUGAAGGUCCAGAUUCACCCCUUGGAAAUGGACCCAGAAAUCGCUACCUUCAAACGCACGAUCAACACUAUGAUGGACCAACUGCAGGUAUUCGGUAGCGAGGUAUCUCGUGUCGCCCGUGAGGUCGGAACUGAGGGAAUACUCGGUGGUCAAGCUCAAAUCACCGGGGUCCACGGUAUCUGGAAGGAACUCACUGAAAAUGUGAACAUUAUGGCCAAGAACUUAACGGAUCAGGUGCGAGAAAUCGCAACUGUAACAACUGCGGUCGCCCACGGUGAUCUCUCGCAAAAGAUUGAGAGUCGUGCUCAGGGUGAAAUUCUGGAACUGCAACAAACGAUCAACACCAUGGUAGACCAACUUAGAACAUUCGCAACUGAGGUAACUCGUGUCGCCCGUGAUGUCGGAACAGAAGGUGUACUUGGUGGACAAGCUCAGAUUGAAGGUGUUCAGGGCAUGUGGAACGAACUCACCGUGAAUGUCAACGCUAUGGCCAACAACCUUACCACACAGGUGCGUGAUAUUGCUACCGUCACCAAGGCUGUCGCCAAGGGUGAUUUGACACAGAAGGUGCAAGCCAACUGCCGAGGAGAAAUCGCAGAACUCAAAGACAUCAUCAAUUCCAUGGUGGACCAGCUGCGCCAGUUCGCCCAAGAAGUUACCAAGAUUGCGAAGGAGGUCGGCACAGAUGGUGUUCUGGGAGGUCAGGCUACGGUGAACGACGUCGAAGGCACAUGGAAGGAUCUCACUGAAAAUGUCAAUCGUAUGGCCAACAAUCUCACUACCCAGGUACGUGAGAUUGCCGAUGUCACCACUGCGGUCGCCAAGGGCGAUUUGACAAAGAAGGUCACUGCAAACGUGCAGGGUGAGAUACUUGAUCUCAAGAGUACCAUCAACGGCAUGGUGGAUCGUCUGAACACAUUCGCUUUUGAGGUCAGCAAGGUCGCCCGUGAAGUAGGCACUGAUGGAACUCUUGGUGGCCAAGCCAAGGUGGACAACGUGGAAGGAAAAUGGAAAGAUCUCACGGACAACGUCAACACCAUGGCCCAGAAUCUGACAUCUCAAGUACGAAGUAUCUCGGACGUCACACAGGCUAUUGCCAAGGGUGACCUGAGCAAAAAGAUCGAGGUACACGCACAAGGAGAAAUUCUCACCCUCAAGGUGACCAUCAAUCACAUGGUUGGUCGACUUGCCAAGUUCGCUACGGAACUGAAGAAGGUCGCCCGCGAUGUCGGUGUUGACGGCAAAAUGGGUGGACAAGCGAACGUUGAAGGAAUUGCCGGAACGUGGAAGGAGAUCACCGAGGACGUCAACACCAUGGCUGAGAACUUGACGUCUCAAGUGCGUGCGUUUGGCGAGAUUACAGAUGCUGCCACUGACGGUGAUUUCACGAAACUUAUCACGGUCAAUGCUUCUGGAGAGAUGGACGAGCUCAAGCGCAAGAUCAAUAAGAUGGUUUCCAACCUGCGAGACAGUAUUCAACGAAACACCGCAGCCAGGGAGGCUGCCGAACUUGCCAACCGAACAAAGUCCGAGUUCCUGGCGAAUAUGUCCCACGAAAUUCGAACACCCAUGAACGGUAUCAUUGGUAUGACCCAAUUGACAUUGGAUACCGAUGACCUGAAGCCUUACACUCGCGAGAUGUUGAAUGUCGUACACAACCUGGCGAACAGCUUACUCACUAUCAUCGACGAUAUACUCGAUAUCUCAAAGAUUGAAGCCAAUCGCAUGGUCAUUGAGAGCAUUCCCUUCACGGUGCGAGGCACUGUCUUCAACGCCCUAAAGACCUUAGCUGUCAAGGCGAAUGAGAAGUUCUUAAGCUUGACAUACCAGGUGGACAACACCGUGCCAGACUAUGUCAUCGGUGACCCAUUCCGUCUGCGACAGAUUAUUCUCAACUUGGUUGGUAAUGCUAUCAAGUUUACGGAGCAUGGAGAGGUCAAGCUUACCAUUCGGAAAUCUGACCGUGAGCAAUGCACGACCAAUGAGUAUGCUUUCGAAUUCUCUGUGUCGGACACUGGUAUCGGUAUUGAGGAGGACAAGCUGGAUUUGAUCUUCGACACUUUCCAGCAAGCUGAUGGUUCCACCACCCGCCGCUUUGGUGGUACUGGUCUUGGUCUAUCUAUCUCCAAGCGCUUGGUCAACCUGAUGGGUGGUGAUGUCUGGGUCACCUCUGAAUAUGGCCACGGCAGUACCUUCCACUUCACCUGUGUUGUCAAGCUUGCCGACCAAUCCAUCAAUGUCAUUGCUUCACAGCUUCUGCCAUACCGAAACCAUCGAGUUCUGUUCAUCGACAAGGGCCAGAACGGGACACAGGCUUCCAAUGUCAUGAAGAUGCUCAAGCAGAUCGAGCUGGAACCACUGGUUGUCAAGAACGAGGAGCACGUUCCCCCUCCAGAAAUCCAGGACCCCUCUGGGAAGGAGUCUGGCCAUGCAUACGACGUCAUCAUUGUCGACUCCGUGGAUACAGCACGCAUACUUCGUACUUUCGACGAGUUCAAGUACAUUCCGAUCGUUCUGGUCUGUCCCUUGGUUUGUGUUAGCUUGAAGUCUGCUCUGGAUCUGGGUAUCAGUUCGUACAUGACCACACCAUGCCAACCGAUUGAUCUUGGCAAUGGUAUGCUGCCAGCACUCGAGGGUCGCUCGACACCAAUCACCACCGACAACUCCCGAUCCUUCGACAUUCUCCUUGCCGAGGACAAUGACGUGAACCAGCAACUGGCGAUGAAGAUACUCCAGAAGCACAACCACAACGUCUUUGUCGUUGGAAACGGUCUCGAGGCCGUGGAAGCUGUCAAGAAGCGUCGUUACGAUGUGAUUCUUAUGGACGUCCAAAUGCCGGUGAUGGGUGGUUUCGAAGCCACGGGCAAGAUUCGCGAGUACGAGCGCGAGAGCGGAAUUCAACGUACCCCUAUCAUUGCUCUUACGGCCCACGCCAUGUUGGGUGAUCGUGAGAAGUGUAUUCAGGCUCAAAUGGACGAAUACUUGUCGAAGCCUCUCAAGCAGAACCAGAUGAUGCAAACCAUUCUCAAAUGUGCAACCCUUGGUGGCUCAUUAUUGGAAAAGAGCAAAGAGUCACGGAUAUCCAGCAGCGGAGAAAUGCAUCCCAUCCACUCCUCUGUACCCGACAAUCAGAAUCAGCAGCAGCAGCAACGAUCACAGAAGAUGCAGCCGCUGCCUACUCCUACCCGACCGGGAUAUGAUACUCGAGCGAUCACCACUUCCGGUCCCAUCGUUCGAGGAAGCGUUGUCAGUCCUGUCGAGGACAAGGAUGAAGAGAUGAUCGAUGAUCGGUCGCUUUUACGAUCCAACAGUACUUAA